AUGAGAAGACGUUUCACUAGUCAAAAGAACACUAACGCAAAAGCAGAGAUUACGGUUGGUUAUAACGUAAAUGAUGAUAAAUCACGAAUUAUUCAAAAUGUUAAAGUUAAUGUUAGUCCUGAAUUAACAAGGUCAGCAACUCAACCAAAUUUAUUAACUCGUGACUUACCAAAAAAAGAAGAUGAACCCGGUAAAGAACCUGUUGAAAUUCCCACUUAUCCAACAUACCCCCACCUCUUUCAUCAAACAUCGAGAACCCAGGAAUCUACGAUUCCAGUCGCAAUGCGCCAUAUAAAAUAG